GACACUCAAAUCUUCUACCUUUGUCUGUGGAUUAGGUGGAUUAGAUUGUCAUCAUCUCCUAUUAAUUAAUCAAAAUCAAAAUAAAGCCGGUGUUUAUUUAAAGGAAAGCCCUAUUCUGUGUUUUGCAUCAUCCAUCAACAAUGGCGAACACUCCACAAGACCCCAAAAUCCAUUAUCCAUCUAAAGAAGCAGAAUCCCAUGACCCCUCACAGCCUCAUCAACCACCGCCAAAGGAGGAAACUGAGAAAUGGGGCACCCACAUCAUGGGAUCACCGGCAGCCCCUACUGUCCACCCUGACAACCAGAAAGCAGCCUCAUGGAACGCCGCUGACCACCAGCAAAUCUAUCAGCAGCCUUACCUUGUGUAUUCCCCUAUAGAGAAGCCAACCAACAACCCUCUUGAACCUGUGAUCCAAGCCUUCAAUACGUGGAGCAGGAAGGCGGAAGAUAUAGCCCGGAACAUCUGGCACAACCUUACAACGGGGCCUUCAGUGUCUGAAGCUGCAUGGGGUAAGGUGAAUUUGACAGCGAAAGCAAUCACAGAAGGUGGUUUCGAGUCUCUCUUCAAGCAUAUUUUCGAAACUGAUCCGAACGAGAAGCUGAAGAAGACUUUUGCUUGUUACCUUUCAACAUCCACUGGCCCUGUUGCUGGAACCCUCUAUCUGUCGACUGCUCGGGUAGCUUUCUGCAGUGACCGUCCCCUUUCCUUUAUGGCUCCAUCAGGGCAGGAGACUUGGUGCUACUACAAGGUGAUGAUACCACUGAACAAAAUAGCCCAAGUAAACCCAGUUGUCAUGAAAGAAAAUCCACCAGAAAAGUACAUUCAGAUGGUCACCGUUGAUGGUCAUGACUUCUGGUUCAUGGGCUUCGUUAAUUUCGAGAAAGCAUGUCAUAAUCUCUUAGAUGCUGUGUCGAGCUUCAGGGCAACUGCAACUGCGGUUUAAUUAGUACUAUGGGAUCCUCCAUGUCCCCUAAUUUUGGUUUUCUAAGCCGAUUGUCGACUGUUAUGCUUCCUAUGUUGUGUUUGUGCGUGUCAAUCUGCUUCGAGGAUUGGCUAUAGGAGAGGUCUUAUAUAUUUUUAUAUAACAUGGAAAUACUACGUAUUUGUGUA